AUGGGAAAUAUUUUAGAAGAGGGUUUUCGUAAAUUGUUCGCUUUUAAUUCAUAAAAUGCGAUUCAUUUAUUUCAGGACAAGUUAAAACAUGUGUUGUAUCAUGGUGCAGUUAAACUCAAUGAGAGAGUUUUGUAUAAUUGAAAAAGCUUUAAUCUUCCACAGCUACUUCACGAUUUUAAAAUUUAUUGUAAUUUAUAUUUCUGUAAAUAUUCAGUGCUCUGCAUAUGGAGUUGAGUAAAUAUUAUAAUGUGGUGGUUUUUUGAAAUGAGAGAAAAAAUAUAUUUGUUCAAGAUAUGAACAUGGACAAAACUUGAAAUUUUCAGUCAAAUGAAAAGAAAAACAGGCCAUAAUGCUUUGAAAAAUAAGCUCUAAAAAAAAAUUAGAAAAUUUCUUUCAAGAUUUUAAUUCAUCGUUUGGAAAAUUUAUAAUUUGCUGUCACCAAUUUGUUUCACCAGUGAAGCCAAACUGACAAUCUUAAGCAUCUGGUUUUGAAUCUCGUUCUUCUGGUCUUUGUUUCCCUUUGAGAAUUCCCAGAUUUCUCUUUUCUGGACAAUCAACUCUAUUUUAUACUAAAUGAAUAUGAAUAGUGAUGUGGAGUUUAGAGCAUUUUGAUUGCUUCUGAAAAAAAAAAAAAAGUAACACAGUGCUAUAAGUGCCUGAGUUUUAUCCCAAUUAACUUGAGUUUUGUGAAGACACUAGCCAAAGUAUGAUGGAGUAGACUUUAUUAUUAGUGAGCUAAACUCAACAUCUGUUUUACGUUCAGAAUGAAAGAACUCUCCCCAAGCAUACCAGAGAUUUUGUGAACAACUUGUGCUACUGUCUCUGUUUGUGAUAUCUUAAUUAGCUUUUCUGAUGAAAACAGUUGUUUUCUGCUUCCUUGUAAUACAGAAUGUCAUUUUGAUCACCAUGAUCCACUGAGCUUACUGUCCUUACGUUUACUGUGGCUUGUGUAAACUGUCCAUGUCUUACUUAUAGUAUAUUUAACUGCUUCUAGAGAGUUUUGUAUUUCCACAUGUUUGCAAAAUAUGUCUAAAAGAAAGCUCAAAAUUUUAACUGUUGAAGAAAAAGUACUUUUGAUACGGGAAGUUGAAGAUAAUCCUAGUAUAAAGAAGAAAGAUUUGGCAGUGAAAUAUGGAAUUCCUCCCAAUACACUUUCUACUAUAUUAUCAAAUAAAGAAAAGAUUCUUGAACAUUUUUCUAAGAGUGGAACUAAUUUACUAUGCAAGAAAAUUAAAGUUUGUGGCUUUCCAGAUGUUGAACAAGCUUUAUUAACAUGGUUUGAAAAUCACCAUAAAUUCAAUACUGAAUUUCCAGUUGAUGGAGCUUUACUUCGUGAAAAAGCAUUAGAGUUUGGCAAAAUUCUUGGGCAUCCAGACUUUAUGGCCAGUAAUGGUUGGUUAGAACGAUUCAAAUCUCGCCAUAAUAUCUACUUUCAAAAUAUGUUCGGAGAAGCUAAACAACAUCCUGAAAGUGUUGGUGAAGUGUGGAGGCAACAGAUUUUAGACAGAUUGCUUGCAGGUUAUAAUGCAUCUAGUGUUUUUAAUCUUGAUGAAACAGGUUUGUUUUUUAAAUAUAUUCCUAACAAAAUAGUGAUGUGUAAAGAAAAGUCUCAUUCUAAUAGAACACUGAACACAGAUCAACUAACCAUCCUUGUUGGUGCUAAUGCUGAUGGCUCUGAAAAGUUACCUCUCCUUCUUAUUGGAAAAUCUAAAACCCCACGUUGCUUUAAAGAUGUUAAGUCAUUCCCACUGGAAUAUAGAAGCAACAAAAAUGCAUGGAUGACAAGCACUAUAUUUGAAGAUUAUGUGCGCAAAUUAGAUUUGGUGUUUCAUUACAAGCAGAGGAAAGUGUUGUUCCUUGUUGAUGACUGUCCAGCGCAUCGUGAACUGAAGAAUUUGAAAGCUAUUCAAAUUGAAUUUUUACCACCUUUUAUGACACGAAAACUUCAGCCAACAAAUCAAAUUAUUCGUAACCUGAAGAUUUACUACAGAAGGCAACUUAUUAGGAAGAUUAUUAACAAGAUCAAAACACAUGGUAGUCCCGUACCAUCUGUUUCCGUUUUAGAUGCAAUGUGGCUGAUUUCAAGAGCUUGGAAUAAUGAUGUUUCACAAGAAUGUAUAGCCAGUUGUUUCAAAAAAUGUGGUUUUUUCUCUCCUUAUUUCUUUUCUGUAAAAAAUGAGUUUCAGAAUGAAGAAAAUUUAGAUAUUGCAGUUGCACCCGAAAUAUUGGAAAUUCCUUCUGAAAGCCCUAUGAAUUUUUCUGACUAUGUCAGCAUUGAUGAAGAACUAAAAACUUGUGAAGGGUCUAGUGAUGAGGAAAUUGUUCCAGAUGUGAAAGGCUGCGAACACGAUUCAGAAGAUGAGCACGAAGAUUUAAAAAGUAACGAAGAACCAGUGUUAACAAAUAAAAAUGUGAGUAAUGCACUUUCUCUUAUUCAACACUAUAUUGAAAGCUGUGAAAAUGUGCCAGUUGAAAUGUUUCGUUUAUUUGAUAAACUGAGUGACUUUGUUACAAAAGAAAUUUUAAAAUCAGAAAGUUAACCCUGCUGUACUGUUUGUUAUAAUCAAUUAGUUUUUUUACAUUUAAAAUUAUUUUACAGUGUUAAUAAUUUGUCAAAUUAUUCUAAACUAUUAUUGAUUAAAAUUGUUAUGUAAAUUUAAGAGAAAUAUUCAUAUUCAUGUAUGUCAUACUUUCAUACAAUUCAUAUUUUUAUUGUAAUACAUUCUCUAUGAAAGGGCCUCAAGUAAGUAAUAAUAUUUUGUACUGUAAUCUAAAUGCUAAAAAUAAUUUUCUGUGUUCCCUUGAAUAUUUUUUCAAUGUUGAGUUUCACAUAUCAAGAAUUCACUCUAUGUGCAAAGCUUUUUGUAUAAAUUGUUUAAUUAUAUAUAGUACAAAGUCCGUAAUCCGGACAUCCAUUGUCCAGAAUGAUCUAUAAUCCGGACCUCAAAGCCACAAUCUU